UGCUUUUUCAGCUAUUUCAAGGCAAACCUCCCAAUUAGAUUCUAGAAGUCCCCGCAGAGCUUUCUCACACACCAGGUUCCGAGGUAAACACCUCCUUAUAGUUUAUAGACAGUGAAAGAGAGUCACGACUAAGGAAGGACUGCAAAGUGUAUAGGAAUUGGGAUAAAUAGAAAACUUAGAAACCUCAAAUCUCGAUGUGAAAGAUGCAAGCACCUUAUGUCGUCCAAAAAGCACAAACGUAUUGGGAAUUCCUUCAUGGUCAAGAUCUUUCCUGAUUAUAUCAACUACAAAAACCCUCUCAGUAAAUUUCAUUCCAAAACACACAUCUUCUCUUAUUCCUAAAUUUCACCCUUAAAUCUUCCCAUGUCUCUCCCUCCAAUUCACCAUUGAAUCCCUCUCGCAAGUCUGCUUCUCAUCCUUACUCGUCCAUGCCCCCACUUUCAGCUUCAAAAACUCCAAAUUCCAACCUCUAGCACUUAAAACUGGUAAACAGCCAAAAGUUUCUUAUAUCCUGCACCGCGACAGUUCACCUUCUUCUAAAAUCUCAAAAAAGUUCUACUUCUCUAGCAGAGCGCCCAAAGGCAGCUCUGCUGCCUUUGGCUCUGAGAAUCAAGAACACGCUUAUGAUGAUAAGAAGAAGAAAGGAGCAAGAAGUACACAGUGGAGAUGGAAGAAUGUAAGAAAGCGAAAUAUUCCAAGUCCUGAUCCUGUAUUUUCAAACAGAGAUACUUCUCUACAAUCUCUUAAGUCAAGCCAGAGUCGAAUGGCUUGGUCUCACAAGAGACCAUUCAGAUGUGGAGCCAGGAAGGAACCAAAGUCAAAGGGUAUCCUAAGCGAUCCCUGAAUUUUAUUCAAGGAAGAUAAAAGCAGGGUUGCAGUUCUUGAUAAUUUCAAAGCAAUAAAUAAGCUGUUAAGAAACGGCUUCAUCAAUUCUGAAAAUGCAAGAAGAGAUGUCAAGAACAACCUUAUUUCUAGAGAGGAGUACCAUGAAAGUAUUAUUCAGAUGGGUAAAGUGCAGAAAUUGUUGCAAUAUAUGAAGCGUCUAACCUGACCGAGGAACACCAAAAUUGUCAAGGUGAGCAAGAGCUAA